UAAACCACUAAAGUCACGUAAUUCACAUAUGGUAAUCCAAUAUGGAAGAAGCGGACGUGGAAAACGUUAUCGCAGAAGAAGAACCGGAAAAUAUUGUCAAUAAGGACCCAGCUUUUCUUUUGAGUUUUUUCGAAGCGGCCAAAUUUUUGUUAGAGCAAUAUGGAUGGAUUUUACUUGUUGUUGUUUUACUGUUAAUAUUUGCAAAGAGUUUUCUGGCAACCUAUUUUAAUAAAUGGAAGAAAAAACGAGAUGAAGAGAUUUAUUACAGCAACUAUGACAAUCAAAAGUGUCAGCAGACAUUUGAAGCAAUGCAGAAAGCUAGAGAAAAAAUGCAAAGAGAAAAUGAUGCAAAAACAGAAAUUUAUUUAGAACAUGUCAAAAUAAGAGAAGAGAAGAGAAGACAAAUGAAAUUGGAAAAACUUGAAGGGAAAUUGUCCAACACUUCUAAUUCCCAAGAGAAAUCCCCUGAAAAACCUAAGCCAAAAAACAAGAACCAUUUGGAUGGUUACCGUCCAUUGAUGGGUCACGGUAGUGGAUCAACUUAUCGCCCUCCUAGACGGUCUAAUACCAGAGGAGGAUGAGGUUAAAUUUUCUGUAGGAUUAUGCAGUUCAGAGCAGUCCAGUUUAAAUAUAUUCCAUUUAUCAGUCCUAUUUUUACAAUGGAUCAAAAGUUUCCUUGUAUAGUUUACUAAUUUUUGUUUGUGCAGAUAUAUACAUAAAUAUGUGUACAUAUAUAAGUGCAUUUGGGAAAAGUUUUGGAUAUAUUUGGAUUAAGCUAGAAAUCAUUUGAUUUGUAAUUACUGUUAAGUUACUAUUAUUAUUUUUUCUCUCCUAAUUUGGAACAUCGGAAUCUCUAGGACAUUUCCUUUCCCACACUUGAUAUUAUCUUAUAAUCCUAACCAUUCCAAUAAGUUAAAUGAAACCUUGUCUACCUAUAGCAUGACAAGCUCCAAAGGAUGUUAAAUGGAAAAUAAUAAUUUGCUGCUUCUGUAUCUGAGCUGUAUUCCUACAGAAAACAAAUAACUGAUCUAAACCAACAAACAGCCUUCUAGCCAUCUAUUUCUAUGAUUAAUUGAAUACUGAUCUUAUAUCGAGGCUCUGUUUCUUCUUCUUCUAUGUUACUAUUCUUGUUGUUAGCUCUCUACAAAUAUUUACAAUAAUUUGAUAUAGAUUGAUGUUAUAAAAGUUUACCUCCUCUGUAACACCUACUGAACUAUGAUACAACCAAUAGAAUAUUUAAUAUAAUUUGGUGUUUAGUCUAUUUGUAUACAGAUAUUGUGGUGGUGUAUAUUGAAUCAUUGUCAGAAAUAUCAAAAUUUUUAUCUCUAUCUUAGAGAUAUUCUUGUAUUUACUGAUAUUGCUUAGGUGUAAAUAAUUAUUUAAAUUAAUGAAAAACAAAUUUUGAUAACUUUUUAAGAUAUUGUAAAUUUAGAUUCCUACUUAUAUUAUUUAUAAUUACCUCUAUCUUAAUUUUAUGAUCUGUACUUUCAAUCAAAUAAAUAGAUGGAUAUAGAUUUAUGAUGGCAAUCUAAAAAACGGAAUAAUCACUGAUUAGAUUGCUUGAUUUUUGUUCUGUUGGUGCAUCAGAUUUCCCUAUUCAUUUGAAUUUAUUUUUAUUAUAUUAAUUAUAAUUAUUUCAAAAAUAUAUUUUGAUGCAUAUCAAUAUAUUUUUCACUGAUAUUUAACUACAAUAAAAUUUACCCAUAGAUUUUCUCUGCCUCAAAUACAUUUUUAGAAUUUAACUUUAAAAUUGAAUUCUGAUCAUUUUGAGAAAAGAUUCUAAUAAAGCAUCUUGCCAACUUUGUCCAUUUAAUUUAUUGUGUAACUUGCUGACUCUGGAAUUUUAUAAUCUUGCUCUGUUUUCAAAAGUGAAAUAUAUUGUGAAAAAAAAAAAGAAGCUUCACAAAAGAGAACCUAAAUAUGUCAUAUACAUUAGAUGUAAUUUUAGUGUUUAAUUUCUGUGAGACUUCAGAGAUAUGAUAAAUCUGUAAAGCUUCUUGGAGCUCAAAAAUGGAGACCAGGUCUAGUUAAGACUAAACCUACACCAAUUCCAUAUAUAAUAUCAUUAACAGAUAACAAACUGAUGAGAAAAUGAAAUUUCAAAUUCUGGCAUUGAACUAAGCAGUAAUUGUACAGGUUUGGCUUUUGUUUGCAGCAAAAGUGUUGAAUAAACAAUUUUAUUAUUAAACUGAA